AUGAAUUCAGAUGGAACUUAUUUGCGCGAGUUUGAAUUUUCCAUCGAAGAAAAAAAUAGAGGCACGAUCCCUGUAGACAAUUUCAAUACGAGAUCUUCUGGUCGUAAGAAACAGAAACUUUAUACUUAUAAAAACAUAAACAAUCAAUAUUCGAAUAAUCACGAUACUCGUCAAUAUAAUGUUGAUUCUAUUCCAAGUAAUCAUUGUCCAGUUGCAAAUGAAGAACAAGUAACUCCAAGUAAUUCCAAUUUGUUUGAAAGUUAUGAAGAAAUUGCUAAACGUGAGAGAAAAAAGCAAAAGAACAGAGUAGCGGCAUCCAAAUGUCGAAAGAAAAAGCUGGAACGAGAAGCAACCCUCGAAGUACGGCUAAAAGAAUUGAAAACAAGAAAUAUGAAACUGAUUAACAUUACUAACAUUUUAAAACAACAGCUGAAUGACCUUAAGAAAAAUUUAAUGGAACAUAUUGUCUUUGGCUGUAUGAUGAAACCUUAUCCUUAG